UUGACGCGGCAUCUAAGGUCGACUGCUGGUGCUUCUAUAAAACGAGGGAUCCAAGGUGUUCCCUGUUAUUCGUGUCUCAGGGAGUCACCAUGAAGGACCAUUUUCAGUAUAUGUCGGGGUUCGGGGGUGAGUUUGCGAGUGAAGAUCCUCGGUGUCCAGGCUCUUUACCACAGGGUCAAAAUACUCCGCAGAAAUGUCCCUAUGGUCUCUUUGCGAUGGAGUGCAUUCGAAGUUCCAACUCGUCAAGGUCAUCCUGUUGACUUCGUGGAGGGUCUUCAUACAAUAUGUGGAGGUGGAGAUGCCUCUACAAGAAAUGGAGUUGCUAUUCAUGUUUAUCUGUGCAAUGCCUCGAUGAAAGACAGAGCAUUUUACAAUGCCGAUGGUGAUUUUCUCAUUGUUCCCCAGUUGGGUACAUUGAUGAUUACUACGGAGUUUGGAAAGAUUCAGUGCGAGCCGAAUGAAAUCUGCGUGAUUCAGCAGGGGAUGAAAUUUUCGGUUGGUGUUUUAGGACCUUCUAGGGGGUACAUCCUCGAGGUUUUUGAUAAUCAUUUCCAAUUGCCUCAUCUUGGACCGAUUG